UCCUCCCUGAUUUUGUGCUUCCUGCCCCCUGUUUUAGCGCUUGUUUUGCAACUGUCAGGAGCGAUAUUGAAUUCUCGCGGAUUCUUGCUUUUUGUUUUCUUAGCUUUUUCAUAUAUGUAUAAUGCGGCUGCUCUCCACAUGUUUGCUCCUGAAAACGAUUCUAUCCGUGAUUGUUUUUUUCUUACAGCAUCCGAGUGGCAUUUGUUUGACUGUUGCUCUUCGUAAAUAUGGACUAAUCUAAGAACCCGUGCAAAUGCACCUGCCGUCGAAGGGAUUUUUCGCUUUUAAAGUCGAAGAGGUGUUUGUGUCCUGGGUACGGCCUGGCCUGUACUGUGGAGCUGAUGAAGAACCCAGGAGAUGUGCAGAGACGCCGCCUGGCCGGCCUCCUGGAGGCCGCUCUGAAGAGGGAGGCUCGCCUCUGGAAGGUACCUGUCUUCAAGAAUGGCUGCAUCCAGGGCACUGACAUCUCUUCACCCAAACACCAAGAAAUGAUCAUUUGGCUUGGCGAGAUGAGCAGACUGUUCCAGUUUUGUCCAGAGACUUUUGCACUGGGAGUCUGCAUCCUCAACCGACUGCUGUCCACUGUCAAGGCCCAAACCAAGUACCUGAAAUGCAUUUCUUUUACCUCACUGGUCCUGGCUGCAAAAAUCAAUGAGGAAGAUGAGGUCAUAGGCUCUGUUAGAGACCUGGUUGUGCAGAGCGGAUGCAACUUUUCAACAGCGGAGAUUCUUCGCAUGGAGAGGAUCAUUCUAGACAAGCUGCACUGGGACUUGUACACUGCAACACCGGUCGACUUCAUUCACAUAUUCCACGCCCUACUCGUCUCCGGCCACCCUCACCUUUUUCCGUCCAUCGGGCUCAGCUCCGGUGUCAGCUGGGAUUUGGCAACAGACCCCGGUUUGCCUCCUGCCAGGCCGGGGCAUCAGAAGGCGCCUCCUUGCUUCCAGGCAGCGUUGUGGACCAGGCAGGUGCAGCACUGUAUGGCUUGCCACCAGCUUUGGCAGUUCAAAGGCUCCACAUUGGCCUUGGCCAUCAUCACUUUGGAGCUGGAGGCGCUCACACCUGACUGGUUCUCAGUCUUCACAGAUCUGCUGAAGAAAGCACAGGUUGAUAGUGGCGAGUUCAUCCACUGCAAAGAGAUGGUAGACGAGUAUCUACACAGCCUUGAGUUCUCCUUGCCAGCCAACCCCGUCUACAUCUUUGACAGCACCAUGAUCCAGGACGAGGAGCAAGCUCGGAGCCCUACACAGCGUCGCAGGCAUGCACGGAGGGGGUGGGGCCAUGAGCAGAGGGACUCGGAUGAGUAUUACGAUGGCUUUAGGUGCUUGUAUAAUGAGGAGACUGCUCCAGAGGUGGACAGUGUUAAGGGCCUGUUUGAUUCCAAACAGAAAGAUGUGUCACCAUGCCCACCACUGCACCCAGCUGUCAACUAGUCUGACAUUAAUUGACAUAGACCCCUCUAAGUGAACGGUGCUUCAGUUUUACUGUGAAAGUGUUGCAAAGUUCAGUAAAAUUUGGGGUCUCAAUCUUACGUUUCAAAAGAAUGCUGCAACACUGAAGGUGGAGAGCCAAUGUGAGAUUUUGAUUAAAUUUCAGGCUCUUCUAUUACUUGCCGACACCAACAUGACUGUUAUAGAUCAGAUGUAUAUUGACUGACGUUCAAGUAAAAUCCCUCUAUGAUACCAUAGACAGCAGUGUUUUUGACAAAUUAUGGGGAAUCUAAAGCCUGACUGAAUUGACACUCGUGUCCUUGAUGCAGUGUUUAAUGGUCCAUUUAAGUUCUCAUUUCUUUGAUUAAUACUAUAAUUGUUUCUACUUUUUUACCUACCUAUCCUUUAAAAACCCAUAUAUCUUAUUUUUGUUUAACAUGCUGCAGGUAAAGGAUAAAGAUAAAGCAGUUGUGUAUUUUAUACAGGUGUGUUUGAAACUUUUUUAUGUUUGAGAGUUGAUCCUGUUUUGUUUGUUAGGAGGUAUCUUGGUGUGCAGGUUCCUCCUGAGCCACAUAGCACUUUGAGAUAAAGACAUGCUUUUUUUAAAAACAAAUAUUAUUUUUCACAACUUUUUUUAAAAAUUAUUUUAACUUCUUACUUACUUGUGCAAAACAUUUUUUAUGCCGUAUACCAGUUAUUUUAUAAAGCUAACUUUAAAAACCAGCUUUAAUUUCAUGACUUAAAGCUGCAAAUGUUUUUAUUUCUCUUAAAUUUCAGUUAUAACAGUUAUAAGGUGAAAAUAACUUUCAGUCUUUGGUUAUGUUUCAUGCAGCUGUUACACAUCAAAUAAGAGCACAUUUGGGACACAAGAUCAACUCUAAAUUGUGUUGAGAUCCGGAGAUUAUUGGGAUAGGCAUCCUUGCUCUCAUUUGAAUACAUUUUAUUCCAAUAGAGCACCAUUAUCACGUUAUUGUCACAUAAUUAAUAUUGACGUGUAGGAAUAAAUGACCCCUGUUUUGAUUUGUAAAUAUCACUGAAUACUGUCAGAGUGCCAGUAUCAUGAUCCUGCUUGUGUAAACUGGCAAAAUAUUAUACAUCAGUUACUGAAGUCCACUGAUAGAGUCAAAGCCUACAUGUAGUGAACAGAUUUUAUUCUCAUUCUGUGACUCUAGGCUGCUAAAACAGAAAUGGAAACAGUUUAUCCUAUCUCUGAUGUGAUCUGGUUACUGUCCUUUUUUCCUCCCAACUGUGAAGUCUGCUUCAUUUCCUUAUGCUAAGAUGGUUGUUUCACUGCCGACCAAUGUUAAGCUUUUUUUUUUUUUUGUAUUCCUCUUUGUAUUCCUUUAUAUACUGAGGCAGCUAUCUCUGGACCAUCACAGAAAUAAAGCUAUGACUUCAAAAGUCUAAAAGUGUCUGCUUUUUCUCUGUUCGGAAAACCAGGAGAGUGGAGUCUUUAUGUAUAAAAAUGCUCAACUUCAGCUGGCUCAGGAGCAGUAAAUAAAAGUGCCUAAAAAAAGUAUUCA